AUGACUUAUUAACCAACUGUUUAUGAAUAAUAGCUGAUCAGAGAUCAAGGCGAAGAUUUCAGAAUUAGAGUCAAAUCAGCCAUCAAGAAAUUCGACUCUAUUGCUAACUUUCUUAAAUUGUCUAUGAGAAACAUUAUCAAAGAAAUGGUUAAAGAAUUGUUGUCAGUUGAUGAUGAAACUUUAGUGAACAACUUCUAUUUUAAAUAUUUCACAAGAUAUGAGGACUAGCAUUUUAGAUUUAUGAUGCAAAGUUUAAAUUUCAUUUUUGAUUAAGAGACUCAUUUCGACUUUAAUAAUGAUCUCAAUUAUAAAUACAUUGCUAUUAUAUACACAGAACAAAUUAGAAAUUACCUUAAGGAUCAGAAUGACAAAGGAUUAUCAAGGUUAUGGAACAAAUUAAAUUUGCUUAAAAAACAAAAAGAAACCGAUGAAGUCGAAGAAGGAUUUUGGGAUGGAUUGGACACUGAAAAUUGUAGUUAACAAUCAAAGAAUAAAAAGUUUGGCAAAAGUAAUGUAAAUGAAAAUGAAAAUGAAUUUUGUCAUACCAGAAAGGAAAUGCAAUUGAAGGACUUAUUAAUUUAAUCAUUACAGACCAAACUAUUCUAGAGAGAAUAGAAUCUGGUUUAAACGACAUAAGGCUAUCUCAAAGAGUUGUAAUCUUUAAGAGAAUAAUUAUUUCGAAAAAAUUAGACUCUCAUAAGUCCAGACGAACCUUUUGAAGUCUCUUUUAUGGAUUUUACAGAAGUUCUUGAUGCAAACAUUAAGAAACUAUUCACGACUCACAUAAUCGAUCUUAAAUUCCAAUUUAACAACAGGAUUAUUGAUUACAUCAAAUUAAUAUAGGCUCAGAGAGAAGAAAUAAAAAACUAUAAAUUAUAAAUCUAAAAACUCAAUCAACAAAUAAAUAAUAUUGAUGGUCCAUCUGAACUCUUAAAAAAGCUAUUCUUAAUUGAUAAUAAUCCAUAUAGAAUUUGGAAGUAUAUUGCAGAUUAAAAAGGCAAUCAAUUUUUCAAAGAAGUAUUUGAAUAAUAAAAAGCUGUGUAUGGGAUCAACUAUCAAGAACUGAACAAACUAUUAAUGACAAACAAAGCCUUUGAAAGAGAGUAUUAAUUGUACAAGGAAUAAAUUUUAUCAGAGCAAUUGGUGUUUUUUGAAAGAGUUCAAUAAGAAAUAGAAGACAUAAAGAAAAAAUAUAUUAGGCUAGAAUAAGAAAAGCAAGCAAUUGAAAAUCAAAGAGCAUCAGAAAAAUUCCAAUAUCUUACAUUAGCUGCCUAGUAUUAUGAUGAGAAGAUUAAGCAAGAAAUAGAAAUACUUAAUGAAACCAAGUAACAACAAUUAUAAGCAAUUAAUUUAUAAACUACUCAGAUUGAUAAAAUCAAAAUUAAAUUUGCAUUCAAAUUAUGGCUAGUCAUGAGUAAAGUUCAUAAAAAUGAAGAUUUAAUGAAAAUCCUAAAGGAAAAUGAAUAUUUUGAUGAAAAACUAAAAAGCUUAUAACUAUAAAAUUAAGAGAUAUCUCAAUUAUUAGCAAACGAAAAGAAAGCAAAUACUAAUCUAAUUGCUAAGUCCACUCUCUUGGAAUUGGAUUUAGAAAAGCAAAAGAAAGACUUAAAUCAUUAUAAAUUUGUAUUUGAUGAUUGGCAAUAACAAAAUUUAAUGUUGUAAGAAAAACUAAACCAGAAAGAAAAGGAGUAUUAACUACUUAACUCGUUCUCUUAGAAAAUUCUAAGAUUAAUUGAUUCUAGAUUAGCUAACUUAAAACCUUAAGACAUAAAUUUAGAUGAUAAAUCGAAAGAAGUAGUUAGAAGUAUUAUGAACUCAAUAAAAUAGUUAAAUAUUAAAUCCUUAAGAUCUAUUGAAGAGAUAAAGUAAUAAGGCUAAUUGAACUUAGAAGUUUAUCAAACUUUAACUUAGGAACUAAAAAAGCAUUAAAGUACAUAAACUGAAGGAAUAGUUCCUACUUAAACAAAAGUAACAGAAUCUUCAGAUGAAUAAAAUAAAAAGGCAAAUAUAAUAUAGUAAUCAUAACAUACCUAAGGUGAGGAACUGACUCAAUAGCAAUAAUCAGAUUAAGUAAUUAAGAAAAAUCAGUAGUAAAUUAAACCUAAAUUGAUCGUCAAUUAACCUCAUGAUAGUUAAGAAGAAAUGUAAUAGUAAAAAGAAUUUGAAGAGUAAUCAACUAAAUUAUCUCCUUUAAAAGUAUUGUAGAACUUUGAUUAUAAAAAUGCUAUCCCUUAAAAAAAGUAAUCUCCAGAUAAAACAGGAAAAAGAUUUUAAGAGUAUUAAGAUUAUUAAACAGAUUAAGUGAUUUAACUUUUAGAAGUAAGUGAAUAAGUUGAACAAGAAUAAAAUCAACUUCAAAAAAAAAACUAAAAAAGAGCUGAACAAUCAAAAUCAUAAAAUUAAAAUAGAAAAAACUGUUUUACUAGUUAAUUAUAGAAAAGGUAGGAUGAUUCAAAUCAACAAAAUUUAAUGUCGUCAACAAGAAAUAGCAGAUCAUUUAGGCUCAGAGCUAGUUCAUAAAAUAACAAUUCUUCAAUCCCAGUUGUUCAUGAGAAAUUAUAUGCCGAUAGUUAAGAGAAAUAGGAAAGGAUUAAAAAUUUGAAGGAAAACCUAGAACUUUUGGAAAAAAACCAUUGGGAUAAGAUUUUGGAUUUAUUUAGUUAAUAGCCAUCCGGCAAUUAUGUUUUGAAUAAAUGCAUUCCAUCCAAAAUUGAUGAGGCUUAAUUUUAGUUUCUUGAAACAUCAACAUAUUUCUCCUAAUAACAUAAAAAAUACUACAAUUCAACAAAAAGUAGAACACCAAAUAAGGAAAAAUAUAAAUCAUGGAUUAUGAAAUAAACAGGAUGUAUAGAUAAAAUGUUUGAAACUUUAAAUAGUAUAUCAAAGCCAAAUUCUAAUUAAGCAGAUUCUAUUAUCAAUUAGUCAACUUUAUUACCAAAUCACAUUUUUGCUUUUAAAAAGAAAUCUUGA